AUGCAAGAGGACGUCGGCCAGCGCCUGGAUAGUGAGCAGCACUUCUGGGAAGAGCUGGAUGGCAUCCUUGCUGCACCACACGCGACUCACGAAGGAAUCGACGAUGUCCUACGAUCAUAUCUAGCAUUUGCGGCAGAGUGGAAGCUGAAAGAGGAAUACUUGAGCUCGGAAUACGAUGUUGCGAAGUAUUGCUACAGGCUGCUUGAUGCGCCGUUGUUCCAAGGUAACCAGGAUUAUAUCAGACGACAGUUCUUGUACUGCUUGCUCCAGGACGACGAUGUCGAUACUUUGCAUCUUGCAGCUGCGACCUUGCUCUUCGAUGGAAGAGCUAAUGAGCCCGCAUUCGAGCUGAUGCAAAUAGAAGGCGCAUUUCCACGUUUGAUCGAGCUUAUACGUGCAAGACGAGACGACAGCAUUGGCCUGCAUCGACUUUUACUCGAGCUGACCUACGAAAUGGCGCGGAUUCAGAAGUUAAGGCGAGAAGACCUAACGACCGUGGAUGAUCCUUUUGUGCUGUUCUUGUUCCAGCGGAUUGAAGAGCUAUCCGACGAUGCAGAGGAUCCAUAUCACUAUCCGCUCAUUCGGGUGUUGUUGAUUCUUAACGAGCAGUAUAUGUGUCUUGCCAACGAGCCCGCCUCGCCAGGCAGCACUGGUGGAGUCACCAAUCGAGUCAUGAAGUUGUUGUCAGCACACGGGCCUUUGUACCGUACUUUUGGGGAGAACCUGAUUCUUCUGCUCAAUCGCGAGUCUGCACUGGCACCGCAGCUGCUAAUACUGAAACUGCUAUACUUGCUUUUCACGACCCAAUCGACUUACGAGUACUUCUAUACCAAUGACCUUCACGUUCUGGUCGACGUGAUCAUACGUAAUCUUCUGGAUCUGGACCCGAGCAUUGGAAAGCUGGACGAAGAAAGGGAUGGCCAGAAAGCACUACGACACACUUAUCUCCGAGUUCUUUGUCCCCUGCUCCGGAACACCCAGCUGGCACGCGAGGGUAACAACUACAAGCGAGAAGAAGUACGCAAACUUUUAUAUCUGCUUGUCAACCGGUCAACAGCCCACUUUGCACCAGUGGAUGAGACUGUGAUUCGUCUAGUGAUACGUUGCAAGCAGAUUGAGUGGUUGAAAGAAGAUGGUGAUGAGCAAGAUCAAGAGAUUGAACGCAAGCUUGCCGAGGUGGCGCCCAAAGAGUCCGACGUGGCAAAGAAGUUGCUAGGCAUGUCUCUAGAUGAUGCGGGUGUUAGUAGUCUCAGUGUGGUCGAGGUUUCGGCGAAAGUCACCAAAGAGAAGCCGACUGUGCCCGCUCCUCGCAGACGUCGGAAGAAGACCAAUGGUGUUGUCCCGAACGGCACACACGGUGCUGAGCUCAAAGUACCACCAAGAGAUCUGUCUGCAUCUAUCUCAAGCUUAGAAGAUGCUCGCGAGGGCGGCAAGAGUCCAUUCGCGGACGACGCAGAUGAGGUGUGA